AUGCAACACGAAGUGGGAUAUCCAAAUUUACUGGCGCAGACAAAUUGGACAGUUGAUCGUGCUGAACUGGGGUUUGCUGCUGCUGCUGCUGUAUGGAGGGCUCUUGCAGCUGAAUUGGUUUCUGGUACUCAAUCCCAUGGUGGCCCUGCUCAUCACAACACGCUUGGUAUCCCCGUACCAAGCACCCCCUCCACCCUAGUAAAUACCUAG